AUGAGUGGACUGGGUGACUACAAACUCUAUUCACUAGAUAUUAUUGGUUCAAAAAGUCUUGAACAAGUUAUAAAAUUUUCACAAACAAUGUGGAAAUGUACAUGUCAUAGUGAGAGACUACUUGUAAGUAGUGGUUACGAAGGAGCUAUCAUUGAAGAGUACAACAUGAAUAAUUUUAAAUUGAUUCAAACAUACAAAACACCAAUCUCAUGUCAAGAGAAUCAAGAAAUUGUAUCAAUUCAAUUUAAUACUGAUGGAACAUGCCUUGGUGUUCUUCUUCGAUAUGGACGAAAAGAUGAAUAUUAUGGAGUACCACUUGAAUAUGAUUAUUACACCUUUGAAUUACGUAAUAGUUCGAGCCAGAUGAAUUUAUUGAGUUGUUAUACAGAUCUACUUAACAUGAAUUAUGACCUUCUUCCAUUCGCAGAUGGUCAAUUUAUGGUUUAUGCAUUUAUGGAUAAUAAAUUCUUGUUAUUUGAUUGCAAUGGUAAACUUAAAGAAACAAUUCACUGUGAUGGAACAAACAUAGUUUCAAUGACAUUGAGCAUUAAGAAAAACUCUCUUAUGAUAUUAACACGUUUACCCGAUGAACUUCAUUUUUAUGACAUUUAA